AUGGAUCAGCUCGAUAGAUUGAAAGGUCGUGCACUUUACAUUGCAGCAUACUUGCUUUUGGUCCAGGCCGGUAACGAGGCUCCAUCCGCCUCUGAUGUCACCAAGGUUUUAGAAUCCGUUGGAAUUGAUGUUGAAGAAGACAAAUUAUCCAAGUUGAUCUCCGAACUUGAGGGAAAGAAUAUUGAAGAGCUCAUUGCUGAAGGUAACGAGAAGCUGUCCUCUGUCCCAACUGGUGGUGCUGCCGCUGCUUCUUCUGGACCAGCUGACGCUGCUUCUGGUGAAGCCGCUGCUGAGGAAGAGGAAGCUGGUGAGGAGUCUGAGGAAGACGACGACAUGGGAUUCGGAUUGUUCGAUUAA